CAAUCAAGGAAGGGGUGUGGUUUUGUCAGCAAAGGAAAGGAAAACACACAUCCUCUUGUUAGUUUGUUAAAAUUACACAAAAUCCAGUUUUCUUAUCAGUUUUAUCGCAGUAUUGGCUUCCUAGCUAAAUUUCAAGGCUCGCAAGGCAGAAAUGGCUGCAACUCUUCGGCCUUACCUGACUGCUGUCCGGCACACUCUCACUGCGGCUAUGUGCCUUGACAACUUUUCAUCUCAGGUUGUAGAGCGACACAACAAACCUGAAGUUGAGGUGCGAACAAGCAAAGAGUUGCUGUUGACCCCCGUUCUGAUAAGCCGAAAUGAAAAAGAGCGAGUUCUCAUUGAAGGCUCAAUCAAUUCUGUUCGAGUGAGCAUAGCUGUAAAGCAGGCCGACGAAAUUGAAAGGAUUCUCUGCCACAAAUUCAUGCGCUUCAUGAUGAUGAGAGCUGAAAACUUCAUCAUUCUCAGAAGAAAGCCUAUUGAGGGAUAUGACAUCAGCUUUCUGAUUACUAACUUCCACACAGAGCAAAUGUACAAGCACAAGCUUGUGGACUUCGUUAUUCAGUUCAUGGAGGAAAUUGACAAAGAAAUUUCAGAAAUGAAGCUCGCUGUGAAUGCUCGCGCACGCAUUUGUGCCGAAGAACUUCUGAAGAGGUUUUGAAGCGCACCUAUGCUCCAUUUUCAUGUUGUUUUUAAUCUCGUAUUUUAUAUAAACCAGCGGCAAUCUUUCCAGUCAUUCCUCUAAAAGCCUAUUCAUAAUUUAUCUAUUUUCUUUAACUACAAUUGAAAGGUAUGUAAGAAAAACUCCUCGAGUCAAAAAAUAUAACCUCAAUAUUAUUACAUCAAA